AUGGCGGAAAAUGACACUUAUGACUAUAUUGUUUGCGGAGGAGGAACAUCCGGCUGUGUGGUUGCUGGCCGUUUAGCGGAAAAUCCAGAGAUUAGAGUCUUGCUGCUUGAAGCUGGACAGCACAACAAAGAUCUUGAGAAUGUCCAUAUGGCUGGCGGGUGGUCGAAUAAUUUCGAUGCUGAGACCGAUUGGAACAUUGUCACCCCUCCCAUGGCAGGAGUCGACAAUCGCCAGGUGAAAUUGAGUCGGGGUCGCUUCCUCGGAGGAUCUAGUGGAUGCAAUGGAACUCUCUGUAUUCGAGGAAACAAGCAGGACUACGACGACUGGGGCUUGGAGGGAUGGAGCGGCGAGGAAUUUUUUGAGAGCAUGCGAAAGGUACGCCUGGUUCUAGCUGGAAUCUCCAUGAGAAUAAUCAUUGACAGUGAACAGUCAGAGACAUUCCACCCCAAGGGAUGGUUCCAAGCCGACAAAGCGAGCCAUGGCUAUUCCGGCCCUCUACAUACCGAACCGCACGACCUAGCGCCAAUUUCCCAGUUAUUGAUGGAAUCUUACGCCUCGCAAGGCAUGCCGCUACACCAUGACAUGUUCAGUACUGGAGAUGUUGCGCAAGGCUGUGGACAUGUUCCUCGUACAGUUUACAAGGGCCUUCGAAUCACAGGAGCUGAUUUUGUGACCAACAAGAAUCACCGUGGUAACAUCACCAUCAAGACUGACACCACGGUCGACAAGAUCAUUUUCAACAAGGCGAAUGAACUCCGUGCCUCUGGAGUGGCAACACAGACAUCAGAUGGUGUCUCCAGGAUUUACUAUGCUAAAAAAGAAAUCAUCAUCUCCGGAGGCGCAUACUGCAGUCCCGCGAUCUUACUUCGAUCUGGUAUUGGACCCCAGGCGGAACUUGCGCAGCACAAUAUUCCCUGUACAAUCAACCUGCCAGGAGUGGGCAAGAAUCUCAUGGAUCACCUGAUCGUAUUCAUGUUCUACGAAACAGAGAAGAAGGGCCUAACAAACGACUCCCACGUAUACCACGACGACAAUUUCAACACAACCUACCAACAAUGGAAAGAAAAGAAAAGCGGUUUCCUAUCAACAUUCCCAUUCGGUGGCUUCGCCUUCGCCAGACUAGACGACCGACUCAAAGAUUCUCCUCUCUGGCAAAAUGCCCCUCGAUCCCCUGGUCGGGAUCCCAUGGGGCUCACGCCCAAACAGCCCAAUAUCGAAUUCUUCAACACCGAAUGCUACGGCGGACCGAAGCAGUACGACCAAUUCCCAAUCAACCACCAGCACGCAUUCUCCAUGAUUGCGGAACUAUUCGCGCCUAAGUCGCGGGGCUCGGUGACGCUGAAAUCGGCGAAUGCGAUGGAGAACCCGGUCGUCGAUUGCAAUUAUCUAACUGAUCCGUUGGAUGUGCUGGUGCUUAGUGAGGCGUGUCGGUAUGCCAACGAGGUUGUGAUGCAGGGUGCUGGAACGAAGGAUAUUGUCAAGGGGUCUUGGCCGCCGAACUUGAAUCAUCAUACUUAUAAGUCGAGGGAGGAUUGGGUUCCCUAUGUGAAGGAGCAUGCUACUACCUGUUACCAUGCCGCGGGUACUUGUGCCAUGGGAAAGAAGGGUGAUCCUAUGGCUGUUCUGGAUGAAAAGCUGCGGGUCAGAGGUAUCGCCGGGCUGAGAGUCGCUGACUGCAGUGUUAUGCCCACGCUUCAUGGUGGUCACACUCAAAUGCCGGCUUACGGUAUUGGCGAGAAGUGUGCCGAUUUGAUUAAGGAGACCUGGCGAAUGGCGGGCAAUGUGUAUCCUCGCAUCUAA